ACUACUGUCCUGCCGGUGACAAGUAAAGCUAUGUAAAUUGCGUCUGUUGCAAACGAUUUUGUUCCAUUUUAGUUCAUUAUACAUAAGUUAUGGGAGCCGAAAAAGCCGCGUACUCCAGUGUCCCUGUGAAGGAGAAAUGCGGGGAUCACCCACCACCAAGGAAGGCACCGAAGGGCUUCGGGGCUCGUCAUGUCCAGGUUCUUCUUCUCUUCAUCAGUUUGACUGUAGGAUACACAAUACGCGCUCAACUCAGUGUUUCUAUGGUAGCCAUUACAGGACAUAGUGUUUUGACUGAAGACAAUCAUUCGAAAGUUAAUCUAUCGAAGAGUCAUGCAGAGUUCGUGAUGAAAAAUGUUUCCAUACAUGAGCCGGGAGAUGUUGGUUGGAGUGUAUAUCGUGUAUGUGGUAACAAUAUUAAGAUUUACAAAUGGCACAAACCAACGCAAGAAAUGAUAAUAUUUUCGUUCUUCGUGGGCUACACCAGUAUGAUGAUACCCAUGGGCUUGAUGGCUCAGAAAUUUGGCGGGAAGAGACCCAUCAUGGUAGCUCUGUUGGUCAACGGCAUUAUAUCUAUCAUCAGUCCUUGGGUUCCGAUUUUUGCUGGAUGGGUUGGCCUCUCCGUGUGUCGACUGCUUCAAGGUAUGACGCAGGCAGCCUUCUAUCCCUGCAUCCACACAAUGUUGGCCAAGUGGGCACCGCUUAAUGAACGAGGAAGGCUGAGCACUUACGUAUAUACAGGAUCUCAAUUUGGUACUAUAUUGAUCUUUCAAAUAUCUGGUCUAUUUGCGGGCAGUCCGUCAUUAGGAUGGCCAGCAACCUUCUGGCUCUGUGGUGUCCUCAGUCUCGUCAUGUUAGGUCUCUUCAGCUGGCUUGGAGCUGCGACACCCCAUGAAGAUGCCACCAUCACUUCCGAAGAACUGGCUUAUAUCAUGGAGGAUGGGAAUGCUGAUGUGUUUCCUAAGAAACGCAGCACUCCCUGGAAGCAUAUUCUCACCAGUACUGCUGUCUGGGGGCUAGUGGCGACUCACGCGGGCAGCGCUUCAGGCUACUUGCUAGUCCUGACCCAGAUACCUACCUACAUGAACGAGGUUCUGGGAGUCGAUAUCAAAAGGAACGGUGUCUACUCCUCAAUGCCUUACAUAGCAAUGUACAUCAUGGCCAUAGUCUUCGGAUUUCUUUCCGACUUCGCAGUCAAUAGAAGGAUCAUGUCCAUCGCGAACAUCAGACGCACAGCCAACACUAUCGGCAUGGUCCUCUCUGGAAUCUUCCUCAUUGCUUUCAGCUUCGUUAACAGCACGCUCUUGGCUGUCGUGUUGCUGAUACUGUCUCUGGGCGUACAUUCCGGUGUCCAUGUUGGAUUUCAUAUAAAUCAAAUUGAUUUGGCGCCUAAUUUUGCCGGUCCCAUAAUGGCUCUGGGGAACAUGGUCGCUAACCUCGUCAGUCUCCUCGUACCAGUGAUUGUAUCCAACAUCGUAAAAGAUGAUAUGAAAAACCAACACAAAUGGCAGAUUGUGUUUAUGAUCAUUGGCGGGUUCCAGUUUCUGACGAAUGCUAUCUUCGUCAUCUUCGUAAAAGGCACCGUGCAGCCUUGGAACUUUUACGGAGAACAGGAGACAGAUACUGAAAAGAGGAGUUGAAGGUUUUAGAAAAGAAAAAUAAUGCUAAAACUUGACAUUGUGGAAGAAUAAAUAAAAAAAUACUAAAGCCA